AUGGCUUCACCAAGAGGCAAGUCCCGCCUGACCAACCUAGGAGACUUCUGUGAUGGAGUGACUACAUCUGUGGACAACAGAAGAGCUAUGGAUGUCAUCUUCCUGAACUUCUGUAAGGCUUUUGAUGCUGUCUCCCACAACAUGCUCCUCUCCAAAUAUGGAUUUGAUGGGUGGAUUGUUCUGUCGAUGAGUGAGAGGCUUUUUAACCUUUUAGAAGCACACGGUGCUCGCCCAUCUAUACAAGGUCUUGAUUGGGCUUAUGAAAACUGGAAUAAUUUCCAGAGUGUGGCUGAUCGUAUUUUGGCUCUGCAAAAGGAAGCGAGGGCAAAAACCGGAAAAGGGAAAGCUUUUAUUUGUGCAGUAUUAGGUGCUUGUUUAGCAGCUGCAGUGAGAGAGAGAGAGGAGUGGCACGACCAAGAGAAUAAAACUAUUUCCUCUUUGCAGGACUUGGUAGGCUCACUACGAAGCCAUAUUGCCACUUUAAGAAAUGUAAUAGCAGACCUUAAAAUUCAGUUAGAAGCAAAGCAGGAGGGGAAUUCCCCGGAUCCUGUCUCCUUAUAUCCUCGGGCAGAAUUGACAGCAGCUAAGGAAGCUGCUGUGCAUAUGAGACCUCUCAUUAAAACCGAAAUUUUAUAUGAGGAUGGGGAAACUACCCCCACUAUCACAACCAAAGAGAUGCCUUUCUCUUCAACUGAACUGGCCAAAAUUCGUAAAGAAUUUACACGCUCCGCUGGAGAGUCUGAGGUGGAAUAUGUGUGGAGAGUUUCAAAAACUGGAGGUGAUCAGAUUAUGUUAACAGAAGCUGAAGCCAUGGGUUAUUGGGGUGAUAAUGUUUUUCUAACCACGAAAAACAGGAGUGGACCCUGGAGCCUUACCCAGCGAGCUGCGUAUUGGGCAGGGGGGUUUGAUCCAAAGGAGAGAGGAGAACCUGUAGUUUUGCGAGGAGGGAUGAAUCAGAUAAUGGAGAAUGUGCAAAGGGCUGCAUGCCUGCAAAUGAUCUAUGAAAGAGAACUAAAGCAUCAUUUUGAAUCCCCCCUUUCUCUCCUGGUGGAUGCAAACAGAAUGACUCCUCUGGUCAGGGGUCUCCCUGACUCGCUUAAAAUAAGAGGUAUCCAGCUCCAAAAGGAAAUAGCUGAUACCCCACUUUCUUCCAGGAUGCAGGCUGCUCUAAGAGACAACUUGACAUCCGGGGGCAGUCACUCUGACUUGAAACCAUGGACAUGGGAGGAAGUCGGACGGGAGUUAUUAGACUAUGCCAGGCAAUAUAGUAUUCCUGAAGAAAUUAAAAAACCUGACACUAGGGGCUUGAGGCAUGUAAAAACGAACCACCCACCCUCAAACUCUCAGGGGUUUAACCGUGCCCCCAGCCGGCUUGGAACAGGGGGCAGGGAACAUAUGAACACCCGGCAAUAUUGGUGGGGUUUAGGCCUAAAGAAAAAUAUCCCCAAAGAAGUAAUAGAUGGGCUAAACACAAAGCAAUUAGAAAUGAUUGUGAAGAACUGGCCUGAGCCCAACCAGAAAAUUGAGCCCACCGCUCCCCCCUUAAUAGACUUAUCUGAUGAGAAUAAAGGCGUGCCUUCUUUUCAGCCUCAGGGAAACUGA